UUGAGUAUAACGGAUUGCAAUUGUAAGUACAGAAUGCCGCGUAAUGUACAAGUAGACGAGAUUAUAAACAUUCCACAGAAUUCAACAGUGUCACACAUAACGUGUGAAAAUAAUGUUAGGCAAUCUACAGGAUUACUGACACAUUCGUCUUCUAUACCCUGGUCAACAUCAUCUAUUAGUAUAAGGGAUUUCAAUUUUAAUGGUAGAACUGUAGAAGACCAGGAGGAGAUCAUAGAGGAGACCAGGCCUUUUAUGGAAUGUGUACAUGCUCAACCUAACAUUUCGUUAAACUCCUUGUUAAAUAAUCAAAGAAUUCAAAGUUCAUCGAGUGCCGUAACACCUCCAUCUAAUAAUCAUAUAAUUAAUGUCGAAGAUCAAUCAAGUGGUUCGCAUUCGCAUGAUGUUUCGAAUCAUGACAGUCAUCAUCACCAGACAACUGCAACGGACAAUUUUUUAAAUAAUAUUCGAGAGGCUGCAAACGAGGUUGUAAGCGAAAGCCAGAACAAUAAUAGUAAUAUUGUUAUUAAUCAUAAUAACAACAACAAUAAUAAUAAUAAUAGUACAGGAGGGAAUCUCAUGGAGGCAUUACAGUUGAUACGCGAAAUACGCGCAUUACUCGUAGCGAACAAACGCUAUAUCAUUUUUAUCACUAUUCUUCUUAUUAAAGGCAUUUACGAUUAUAGAGCCCGUACACUGAACAUUAUGAUAUUAUUUGUUACAUUCUAUUACGCUAACUGCGUUGUGAAGCGUGAAAUUGGAAAACGACAUAAUAAAAAUUUGAUGACACUUUUAUUUAUUACAUGUUGUAUACUUGGAUCCACGUUUCUUAUUAAUUUUGAGUACGACACACAAAUAUUUUCGACGUACACGCAGCCUCUCACAGUCUGGGAAUUGCUGUGGUCAAUUUUGAUAACAGACUUUAUUUUAAAACUGUACACUAUUAUUUGUAAAAUUUUUUUAACGUGUUUACCUGCGAAAUUAUUGCCGUUACGAACAAGGGGGAAAUAUUAUCUCACGGUAGAAGCGACAUCUCAACUUUAUCGAUGCAGCGCAACUAUUCAACCAUGGUUGUAUUAUUUCUUUGACGCGUAUCAAGGACCCGAAAAAAUUCUAGGAGUAUUUCUCUCUUUAGUAUACACAAUGGACAAAGCAUAUUGUUUAUUAUGUCAUGCAAAGCUUUUUCAAUAUGCUAUUUGGAAAUUAUUUAAGAAUGUAAAUAUCGGCGAAUCGCCAUCAAAAGAGGAGUUGAUAGCAUCUGGUAAUAAUUGUGCAAUUUGUCACGAGCGGUAUUCGGUGCCAGUGCGUCUACAUUGCAAACAUAUUUUCUGCGAAACGUGCGUUUUAACAUGGUUAGAAAAAAAACGUUCGUGCCCGGUGUGCCGUGCUGACAUCACGGAAAAUCCUACUUAUCGCGACGGACAUACGACUACCUUUAUUCAAUUAUAUUGACUGCCAUGUAAUAUACAU